GUGGGUGGGUGAGGUUCUGGGGCCUGUGAGGUGCAGGAGGUCAGACCAGAUGAUCACGAUGGGCCCUCCUGACCUUACCAUCUGUGAGCCCCUGAAGGGCGACGUCACACAGCCAGAGCCCCAUCACUCUGCACCGAGGGAUGAGCCAGGAUGUAGCCUUCAAAGAGAAAUCCCUUCCCUGGCCUGUCUGCCACUUUCCAGCCCCCGCCACGCGCCCAGGAAAUCCCGUGCUCCAGCCUCAGGGGUUGGCUGGUCCCCGCAGGCCCAUUAGUGUGUGUGGGCCGGACAGCUCCAGUGAUUUACCGGCGGGGACACAGCGUCCUGGUGGAUCAGCCCUGAUGCUUCUUGACAAGGUGGAAUCGCUUUGCGAUGAGGCUCUGGGGGUCCCAGCCCUGGCCCGUUUCAUCCAUUGAUUUUCCACCCUUUGGAGUUAAGCUGCUAAGCGUAGCACCUGGGCCUCAUCUCCACCUACUUAAGACUCGCUGAGCCAGGCGGGCUGAGUUACGGCCUGUCUCUCAAGCAGCCUUGGCCCCAUCCGUCCGGGUUCCUCGCAGAGCUUAGCGCCGAAAUGAAACAGGGGUUUCGCCUCCCCUCAACAGGCUCCAGCAGUCGGGGUCCCCGGCUCUUUGCAAGCAUCAGUAACUAUUGUACAGCCUGGGGAAACCGAGGCAGGAACGGCGGGACUGGCAGCGUUACCUGGCGGCAAUGGGAUUAGAACCCAGCUGGUUCCGAGCCCCUUGGCUUGUGCUGCACCCCCUGAGCCAGGCCUACUUACCCUGCUGCCAGGGCUUGCUUCAGCCCCCGGCAGGGCCCGUGCCCAGCGCCGUGCCCGGGGCCCAGGGGCAGAGUGCUCCUGGCACAUGGUCACCGCGCCCCACGGGAAGCCGGAUGGAGGGGCGGCGCCCUGGGGCCAGGAGGCUAAAAUCCAUCACAGGUGGCCUGGUGCUACCAGACAGCCCCGGCUCCCCGGCCGCCCCCGCCCCCGCCCCCGGAGAAGCCGUUUCCACCAAUCCGGCGCCUGGGGAGGUGUCGCUCCGCAUUCAAAGUGCCGGCGAGACGCGGUAUAAAGCCGAGCGCCGGUGGAGCCAAGGGGGUCACGCCGGAGCAUCAGGACCAUGGCCAGCUCCCGCCUCUGCCGGCUCUGUCUGGGCUACUCGCUGCUCGUCCUGCUGGCCGCCGGCCAGGAGCCCCUGGGGCCCAGGGCUGCAGACAGCAAAACCCAAGAAGAAAAGGACCUGAUUGACGCUCUCCAAGAGGUGCUGGAGAAACUGAAGACGGAGCGGCUGCCCUCCAUAGAGAAGAAGCUGGGCUCAGUGGCCUCGUGCGAUGCCGGAGAGCCGUGUGCCGUGAGGAAAGGAGCCCGGAUCGGGAGACUCUGCAGCUGCCCCCGCGGGACGGCCUGCAACUUCUACAUCCUCAAGUGCUUGUGAGGAGGACAGGACAGGGCGGGGGGACGGGGGCCUGUGGAGCAGCUUCUGGUCCUAAUCUCUCCACCUUGCCUGUUUGGCAGCUGGCAGGAGGUGGGGUUGGUUUUUCUCCUGUGCUCAUCACUUCCCCCACGGCCCUGAAGGCUCCCUCCCCAUCCGAGUGCCUGCGAUGGAAGGAGCUCUUUGUGCAAAGUGCGCCAUUGCUUUGCUCCCAUGCUGCCCUGAGGGAUGCUAGGAGAAGCCAGCCUGGCCUGCUUUUCCACGGUGCCAAGCCGCUGAUCUCAGUGGGGCCAGCAGCUCUGAGAAUCAGCUCCCAUGUCCCUUCUCCCCGCUUUCCCUGCCUGGAGAUCUGGGGACAACGGUUCUCUGCUCAGUGCAGAGGGAGAGGCUGCUGGCUGCAGCCUCUCGUGUCUCUGCUUGGUCCCUGGCUGUGGGUAGAGUAGCCUGGGGGUUGCUCUAACAUGGCCCCGAGGUACCAGCUGCCAGCACGCUGCUCUCUAGCCCCAUCUCACCCUGCCGUGGCUCCUGCACAAGAGGCCAUGAGGAGGCUAGCAUAGGAGCCAGCCACAGAGACUUCAGUGCCUCCUGGGAAUCUCUCAUGCCAGGGGAAGGGAAGCAGGUGGACGAGCUUUGCUCCCAGGGGCUGGCAGCUGAGGCCUGGUCUCCGAGUUCUCGGUUAUCUGAGCACCAGGGGCAUCCCUGCAGUGCCAGUAGGGGUGGCUUUGGAUUAUCUCUCCCGGGGAGGAAGGAGCAGCAGGAAGAGGGGACCUGAGCAAACUAUGCCACAUGCAAACACCGGAGAUGAGCAGAACAUCCCCCCAGCCAAUCAUUCUCCCUGCUCCCUAGCGCCAGUUCCCUGGCUGCUGCAUGGAACCUGCUUCCCCUGACACUGGGCAAAGAGCCAGGCUGUGCAGAAUGGCAGGGCAGGGGAGGGGAGGGGAGGGGAGGGAGUGCUGGAGGCAAUAGGUACUGAGAGGAAGGCUAGCCUGGGGGGUUAAGGCACAGGGCUGGGAUCCAGGUUCAAGCCCCUGUUCUGCUAUGGACUCCUGGUGUGACCGGGGCAACCUCACGGGCCGCUAACAUGGAUAAUAAUGCUUCCUUGGCCCAUCGUGUCUGUUUAGACUGUGAGCUCCCCGGGGCAGGGACCAUCUCUGACUCUGUGUUUGUGCAGCACCCGGACAACAGGGCCCCCAUCGCAGCUGGGACCUCUGGGCAUAGAGAAUCAGACUUGGUUCCAGAUAAUCUUCUAGCAUUCCCCACAGACAGCAGUCCCCGUGGGGGGGGGAUUUUCUCUUGUUUCCAGAUCGUAUCGGCUUUAGCCCAUCCCUGCAAUUCAAACGGUCACCGGGAAAUAACCAGAGACCAAGGCAGACCACAGCAGCAGCCUGCACCCACGGAGAUACAGGGGGUGUUUGCACGGUCUGUGCUCUCAGCUGGUAGCAGCAGCAAAGAAACCUGCCCCCCGAGAUACAGCAUGAAGUGUGCACAUUGACCACCCCUUGCAGUGAGCAUCAGAGCUCCCCGUGCUGGAGCAGGAGGGCAGCUCGAGCUGCUGGUGCAACAGGAAAAUGGUCACAUUGAAGGCCCUGAUUCUCCAGGUGUUUAUUAGCUCCGGUGCCAGAUGGGUACGAGAAAUGUUCCCGAAGCAGCCUGGUAAAACAGCUGCUGUGCACUUUGCCUAGUUGUGCAAAUGGCUGAACAAGGGGCAGGCCCAGGGAGGAGCAGCCCCCGGUGGGCAGGGAGCGUAAAGGAGAUGGGAAAAAAAUAGUGACAUGGGCCCUUGUAGGGGUCGGUUUCUUUCAAAAGCUGCAUCUGCCCUGAAAUCCCACCCCUGUCCCGAUUCAUUUCCCAGAACACAUUCAGCCUGUGGU